CAGCGGAACAAACGAGGCCAGUUUCACAAAUCAAGCGAGGUGUUGGGUUCGAUAGGUUCAGUUCAGCAGCAGCAGCUUAAAAGUGAAAGUGCGCGCGACUCAAGUAUAUAUUUUGAAAUUCAAAAAGUGUAGCAUACUUAAGUGCUGAAGUCAAUUCACCGCCUGCUUACCCUUUGGACAAGCAAAAGCCGCAACAAAAAUUCAAGCCGUCUUUCGAGGCCACAAAGUGAGAGAAACCAUGAAAAAAUCAGAAACCAAAACCACUACCAACAAUGGCAGCGCCAUCCCCGCUGGUGCCGCCGCCGCCGCCGCUGCUGCUGCCGCCGAGGCAGCCUCCUCAUCUGCGGAGCCCACCAAAGCGGAGCUCGAGGCUGAAUUCGAUCCGAACGACAAAGAGCUGUGCCAUGCCGCGCUGAAGAUCCAGUCGACUUUCCGUGGUCAUUUGGCACGCAAGCUGGUCAACAAGGACGAGCCCGAGGAUGAGGACAUUCAGGAGAUAACCAAAAAGGUGGCCGAGGAACUGGACAUUGAUCUGACCGAUCCGGAGCUGAACAAGGCUGCCACCAAAAUUCAAGCUUCAUUCCGUGGCCACAAGACACGCAAAGAUACCACUAACGAAUAAGCUGAGCAAGGCGCAGUCUUUUUGAAUUUGUUGCUGUCGACUGUCCGCAGAGCAGUCAACAAAAUAAAAAUUUAUUAAAUAAACAAAACAAUACAAAACAAGAAGAAAUUGGUAAAAUGUAACUGUGCAAAGCCUAGGAAGAUGCUUGCACUAAACUUUUUAGUAAAUAUGUUAAUAAAUGAAAAUGAUAUUUAUGAGCGGAGCAAAAUUGUCAUUGUAAUAAUAUAUAUAUAUUAAUUCAUUAAUUUUUAAGCAAUAAUUAACUUGAUAAAAUGGCAAUUAUUAUACCGAACCUUUGAGUUCAUCUCAGUUCAGAUAAUUUUGAAGAAAAAAAAACGCUUUAAAGAUCUUAGAAUAAAUACUAUGUCGUCUUAAUUUAGAGAAUGAAUAUCUGUUGGAUUUGUUGUAUGAAAUGAUUUGCUAGAGUUUCUGCAUAAAUUUCAUUAAAAAUAAAAAGUAAGCCCGACCCGAGCCAAUUACUAGCUAAAAAUAAAGCCUUAUCUUUCUCCCACAUUUUGAUUGAUGAACAAAAUUGAUAUACUUUUUCUUUUCUUUCAAUAAAGAAUUAUUGAAUUAUGCAAUAAAUGCAAAAUAAAUUCGUUAACGCUUUUUAACAUAAUCUUCAUAGUUUGCAUAAUACAAAUUGCUUAUACAAUUGCUAGAAAUUUAAAUUAUUCAUUAAUUCAAUAAAUUUAAUUUUCUAUUAAAUUUGCUUAUAAUAAACCCAAACUUAAUAACUUAAAACCUAAAACUAAUGGCAAAGCAGUGUUAAAAAGCAAUUUGCAAAGCAUAUUACAGAGGCACGAUGUUCCAAAAUUGAUUGUAGGGCAAAACAAUGAAGACAAACCCAUGAAAAAUGCUGAAACAUUUUUAAAACUUAACCGGUUUGUCUGGCCAAAGCCAAAAAUCCAAACCAAAUGCAGUGUAUUGUUGUACCUACAUAGGAAAACAAAAAAAUAUAAAAUAAAUAAAAUAUAAAUAAUACAAAUAAAGAACAUAAUUUUUAACUGAUACUCAAUGUUAAAUAAAUUGAAUAAGCCGACAAGGCACAUUAGGGGUACUCAAGCAACUACAGCUACGAAACGUCAACAAAUUUUUUCAGCGAGCUACUUAAACUGAUAAACAAGAACUCAAAACUAAUCUGGUGGCACAAUUUUAUGUUUUUCUACCAAGUGUACUACAAGUUUGUCUACUUGAAAAUAUAUAUUAUCAAAAAACCAAAUGAAAAGAACAAAAAAAAUAAUAUAUAUAUAUAUAUACGUACAAGUAUUAUAGAAAAUUGAAAAAAAAAAAAAAUAAAAUAAAAA